AUGCCACUGUUAUUGGUUUUAGUAUUCCAAAGUGGCGAUCGUAUCUUCUACUGGUAUCUACUGCUCUCCGGUGAAGUGCAGCUUUUCGUUCCCACUGCAAAGGCCGAGCGUAUAAUCGAAAGUCUCCAACCGAUUGCACUAUUUGGUGAGCUUUCAGUUUCACGACAUUCGUGCUCGGCACGUGUCGUUCGGCCAGCUGAAAUUGUCACCAUCAACCAAAAUCAUUUCGUCGCAAUUUAUAAUGUUCGUGCUCCACUUUUUGUAGACUACGUUACGCUUUAA